AGUGGCUGGAGCAGACAAGCUUUUAACUUUAGCAACACACACACACACACACACACAAACGAGGUUUGUUGACUUAAUAGAACUUAAAUGGCUUAGGGUAAAUAAUAAAGACUUUAAUAUUCUACAUGGAAUAGAGGAACCUAAAGGCUGAAUCAGGAUCAGCCAUUUCACAGCUAUUGUUUAACGUUUUUUCAGGUUUUCACAGAGACAAAGCAAAAGGCAAGAUUUCCUGGAACCUGAAGAUAAUAUUUAGAUGUAGGGCAGAAGAAAUUACUUGUGUUUAGAUUCCAGUCACUUUGACUGUUCAAUUAUAGAAAAAGUUGUAAUAUAAAAACUGAGAUGAGGAGACAUACCAAUGCUCCAAAGUAAAUAAUCCUUAAAUCUUUUCAACUAAUGUAUGUGGGAACUACAGUGGUGCUUUGAGAUUUGUGAACCUUUGAAAUUUUCAUAUAAAUAUAGUCUAAAACAUGAUAUGUUCUCCAUAGAAAACCCCAUAAUUACAGUGCAGUUCAAGGCAUAUUUUUCUGACAACUUAUUAACUCCAAUGAUGUCUUCAAUGGAUUUUAGCCUUGAACGUGUUUAACUUGGGCUUUUGAGUGCUGAUAAAAAGGAAACAAGAGUUGAGGAAAUUAACUUUUUAAUUCCAGUACGUGUGGAACUGCAUGAUUCAAAAUAGUUAAAGAAUUCAGAAUGUAGAAAUUGAAAACAAUUAAAGAGUCAUGAGAGUCAUUGGUCUUGCAACAAUUCUAAAUUAGGCAUUUUACAGUAUUACUCAACCCAUGAAAAGGGGAAUAAAUAUACCAGAGUGCAUGAGAAAGCAUUUAGCAAGGUCUGGAAUUUACCUUAUCCGUGUUUUUUUUUGCUGGGAACUCAAACUUUUCUGUCGUGAUUUCUUAGCUCUGUUUUAUAGCCACUCAACUCUUAACUGAAUAAACUGGAGGGGGGGGCUUAAUGGGUAUGAAGUCUUACAUUAACACUUGGCACAGCCUUCUUUGUACAGAUCAAAGAGGAAAGAGUGGACUAUGGGCGUCUCUGUCACCUUGCAAGAAGGCGCGUGAUAUCACAAGGCUGGAGCCUGAAUCGAAGAUAUUCCCGCCAUCUUUUGUACCACAGCUCCAGAUGCAAAAAAACUGCCUCAAAGGGGAAAAAAAAUCACCUGCUUCAAUGCAAAACAAAAAGAAAACCCAUCUGCCAAGUUUGGCGUAUCUUGCAAACGCAAUCCCGGGAUUUUCAGCCGACGUGUGAAAGGUGUCGACCCAGCCUUGCUCGACGCCUCUCUUUCAAGACGGUCCCAGCAACCCGUCUCGGGGUCAACAGACGGAGGAUGGAGGGCUACCGUCUUGGCCUGUUCCUUCCAGCCGAGAAGGGAAGCCCGCUUCCGAGCCGGGCGGGUCGCGGGUUGCGCUUUCUCCCCACUGGGUCCCGCCUCUCCUCCGGGGAAAGCAGGCCCGGCGGCGGGAGAGGCAAGGCGGGGAGGCCACGCAGCGCCCCGGGCGUCCUGCUCCGAGAGCCUCCCCAGCCGCCGCCGUCGAGGAGACGCCCCGCUUUCCUCGCUCCCUCCAGGCCCGGGAGAUAGCGGGGCGGAAGCGGACCGGCUCUCCGCGAAAAGAGACGGGAGUGGUCCGUCCAGGGGCGGGGAAGGGGCGUUUGCAAGCCCGGAGGAAGAGCCGCUUCGAAGGGAGCCCGAAGGAAGGAAUCUGAGGGGGAAUCCCGGCGAAGUUUCCUAGUUUACGCUUUUCUAGACAGCAGCGGCGCUAAGCGGAGCUUCCCUCCUCCCAACAACCCGCGGAAGGCGAGGCUGCUGCGGAGGAGCCCAAGCGGGCGCCCCGCCCCGUCCGCCCGGCGGGGCCUCCUCCGAGGUUUUUGGCCCCUCGAGGCCCUUUCCCUGCCGUCCACCGGGACCAUGGCUAGGACCGGCUGCACUCCUGGCUGCAGCCUUCCCCAGCCGCCCCCUUUUCGCUUUCUGGACCUGGCCUUUGCCCUGGUGGGUACCCUCGCCUUCCUGCUGGACUUGGUGGCCGAUGUAUGGGUGGCUGCCAGCUACCUUCGAGCCGGCCACUUGCCCUGGGGCGGGCUGGUGUUGGGGCUGCUGCUGCUCUCCUCCCUGACGACCCAGUUCUUUAGCUGGGCUUGGUUCCGGAGUGACUCCGAUAAAGAGGGCCUCUCCCAGCCAUCCCCCGGGACUUCGAAGCUGCUCCAUCUCCUACAGCUCGGCUACCUGUACAGACACUUCUGUGUUGCCUUGUUCAGGUGUCUCUGUGUCCUGAGGGUGGGUUUCCAGGCAUGGAAGAUGGAAGAUGCAACAGCAACUCAUCAGGCCUUUGCCAUUUUCCUGUCACAUGAUGUCAGUCUCUUGCGCCUCUUUGAGACCUUUCUGGAAAGUGCACCUCAGCUCAUCCUGGUGAUCUACAUCAUUCUACACACCAACCAGGCUGAGGUAUUUCAAGUACUCGGGAUUUGCACAUCUUUUCUGUGUAUCACUUGGGCCCUCUUGGAUUACCACCAGACCCUGCGCAGCUUCCUGCGGGACAAACACAAGUUGGCCUUCCUGUCUUCAGUCCUCUACUUCCUGUGGAACUUCCUAUUGAUGUGUCCUCGCAUUCUCUCGUUGGCGCUCUUUGCAGUAGUCUUCUCAGGCUACGUUUUCCUCCAUUUCCUAGGCAUCUGGUUGGUCAUGUUUCUCUGGGUCUCCUUGCAAGGGACAGACCUAAUGGAAAAUGCCACCUUUGAGUGGUUUUAUCGAGCUACAGUAGCUGUUAUCCUCUAUUUUUGCUGGUUCAAUGUGGCCGAGGGGAAAACGCACCACCGCUCAACUAUUUACCACACUUUCUUUUUUGUGGAUAGCGUCAUCCUUGUUGUCUCGUGGUUGUGGUACAGAAUUCCCUCAAGCUGGGAUUCCCAAGUGUGUCCUGCACUCCUGGCUGCCCUGGUCUGUUAUGCCCUUGGCAUUUUCUUGAAAUGCAUCUACUACAAGUGUUUUCACCCCACUAUGAAAACUGUACCCCUUAUGGAUUACGAUGAAGUAGACAGGAAUGGAGAUGCUGUUGUGCUCCAGCAAAUGGUUAUAGAACCCGUCAUCAACCAUCGGACGUAUAGACUCUCUCAGAACUUCUUUGCUGGCUCUUUGGCAGAAGAGACUCAGUACCAAAGGACUGGGACUGUCAGUGAUAUGUAUCUAUGAGCCUUUAUGCCCAGGGCAACCAAGACAAGACUUUAGUUGGAUUAGAUUCAGAAAACAUUUAUACCAGUUUACCUAUUGAAACCUUGCCUAUAUUUCUUCCAGGAUUACGCACAUAAGCUAAACCAAAUAAGCUAGGAAGGAAUGUUUUUAAGCACAAGAUAGAUGUUACCAACUUAGCCUGAUUGCACCUUAGUUCACUUACAGCAAAAUGCUCUUGUCAGCUUUUUCUGCUACCUUUUCAGCUGCUGCUUCUCAACUGAUAUGUUGGACGAUAUAUAAGUGGCAUCAAGUUAAGAGAUGUAUGGGGGAAAACAGUAAGAAAAACCAUUAGUAUGUUUUCCCUGAUUUUUUGGGGGGGAUUUGUUUCCUGCAGACCUUCACAUAUUCCUAUUCACUUGAUUUGGAAGUCACUAGAUCAAGGAGAUCUAUUUGUCCUCUUGAAGAGAAUCUUUAGCAGAGGGGUGAAAGAUAUGAAGCAACAUCAGCAGAUAUGGCUAAACAGGGCCUAAGGCGAAGAAUGCUAGUUAGCAAGUUCAGAUGUUCCAUACGUAUAUCAUUAUUGCUUUUGAUGUCUCUAAUUCUGGAUUCUGUGACUUGCACCUUAUUGUGGAUUGCAAAAAGUUCUGGUGCACUUUUCAGACAUCACACCUUUAAUCUUAAAUUCAGGCCUUACUUCACUGUACUUGUCUGCCCACCUGCCUGUGUUCUGAUAAUAUGCUUCACCAGGAAAAAUCAGUUGAAAUGGCUCUUGUCACAUGCUUCCCCUUUUCUUUGAUGUGCCCAUCAGACAGUUCCAAACUGUCACUUCUACUUUUAACUAGUUCUUGUCAUAGUAUCUGAACUAUGAAACUAUACAAGGUUUCUAUGGGUGUCAUAGUUUAUCCGGAAAAACACAAAAUCCUUAAAGCAUAAGCUAUAAACUGACUUUAACCUACCACUAUGAAGAUGAACUGUAGUUUAGAAUUUGGUGUAGUGCUCAUGGUGAUGAGACUUUUCCUAUCUCAUUGAGAUGAGGAAAUUCAUACACCUGGUAGUUCAUCUAUGUUUUGAUGCAGGGACUGAUGGAAUAGAAUUCCAAAACACCUGGAAGACAUUAGGUUUGACUUGGUUUUAAUACAACAUCUGAACUAGCGAGAGUAGCUUCAGCCCUUCCCCUCUGUUCUACUUGAUUUUGGUCACCUGUGCCCAAAUAGUUUAUACUUCAACAGUUUUGAGAGGACAGUCCUUGUUCCAAUUCCCAAGUUUAUCUUGAAGGGAAACUUGGAAAACCUGCCUAACACUUCUUUCUGGAUUUGGCUCUCUUCCUAUGCCUUAUGUGGCUAAUUUUAAAAAGUCAGUGUUACUUAAGGUUUUCACAAUGAUUUAGAUCAAGGGUGUCAAACUCGCAAUGUCACAUGACGUGUCGUGACAUAUUGCGACUUUUUCCAUUGCCGGCAUGGGGUGGGCGCGCUUUGGCCAUGACACAUCCAGCCCGUGGGCUGGCAGUUUGACAUCCCUGAUUUAGAUUGAUUGGAAUCAACAAAAUAUGCAUGGCAGAGAUGUGCAUAUUCAGUUUAUUCAAGCCUCCAACGGAAGAUUUCAAGUUGGAGUGGAAGGAAUAGCAAAGCACUAGGAAAGGAUUUAGUACACAUAGGCAUUUAAAAAAAAUUCAAAACCCCACUUGCUUUUCACUUCAGAGAGUAGAUACCGGUAUAUUAGUCGUAACCUCUCUCCCUUCUUUCACUAAACUGUAUCCCAGUUUAUGAAGUUUCAUAUAUAGUAAUGCCAAAUUCAGUGUGAAUUCAGUGCAAUUGUUAAUUUAUUGCCGCUUCUGAAAUGUUUAGACUGAAUAAAGUAUUUCAGUUCC